CUGGGCAGACGGACGGACGGGAGCUCCCCGCGCAGAGAAGAUGAUUGAGGAGAGCGGAAAAAAGAGGAGGACAAUGGCAGAGAAGAGACAGCUGUUCAUGGAAAUGAGGGCCCAGAAUUUUGAUGUCAUCCGACUGUCAACAUACCGAACUGCCUGCAAACUGAGAUUUGUGCAAAAAAGAUGUAAUCUUCACCUUGUGGAUAUCUGGAACAUGAUUGAAGCCUUCCGAGACAAUGGCCUUAACACACUGGAUCACAACACAGAGAUCAAUGUGUCUCGACUGGAAACCAUCAUUUCGUCUAUCUACUACCAGCUGAAUAAACGCCUUCCAUCUACUCACCAAAUCAGCGUGGAACAAUCCAUCAGCCUUCUUCUCAACUUCAUGAUAGCAGCAUAUGACAGCGAGGGCCAUGGGAAGUUGACAGUGUUUUCCAUAAAAGCAAUGUUGGCAACAAUGUGUGGUGGGAAAAUUCUGGACAAGUUAAGAUAUAUUUUCUCUCAAAUGUCUGAUUCCAAUGGAAUGAUGGUAUUUUCAAAGUUCGACCAGUUCCUGAGAGAGGUGCUGAAACUUCCAACAGCUGUUUUUGAAGGACCUUCCUUUGGGUACACCGAAAACUCUGUGCGGACAUGUUUCCCUCAGCAGAAAAAGGUCAUGCUAAACAUGUUCUUAGACACAUUAAUGGCUGACCCACCACCCCAGUGCCUUGUGUGGCUACCUCUCAUGCACAGACUUGCCCACGUAGAAAAUGUCUUCCAUCCAGUGGAAUGUUCUUACUGCCGGUGUGAGAGCAUGAUGGGCUUCCGGUACCGAUGCCAGCAGUGCCACAACUACCAGCUCUGUCAAAACUGUUUCUGGCGUGGCCACGCAAAUGGCCCUCACAGCAACCAGCAUCAGAUGAAGGAGCAUUCUUCUUGGAAAUCGCCUGCCAAGAAGCUGAGCCAUGCCAUUAGUAAAUCUCUUGGUUGUGUACCCACUAGAGAGCCUCCUCACCCUGUAUAUCCGGAACAGCCAGAGAAGCCCCUUGACCUUGCCCAUAUAGUUGAAACAUACCCUCCUCGGCCCCUUGCUAACAUGAAUGAUGCCAUGGUUACCCACAUGUCUUCUGGAGCUCCCACGCCAACAAAAAGACUCUGUGGAGGCUUGGCCCUCUCCGGUCGGCUCAGCGAUGAGCACGCCCUGAUAGCAGCCUAUGUGAGCCGGCUACAGAGUGGUACACGCGUCCUUGAUAGCCCCAGCAGACUGGACGAGGAGCACAGGCUAAUCGCCCGGUAUGCUGCCAGGUUGGCUGCUGAAGCUGGAAAUGUGCCACGUCCGCCAACAGACCUGGGGUUCAACUUCGACGCAAACAAACAGCAAAGGCAGCUGAUAGCAGAACUGGAAAACAAGAACAGAGAAAUAUUGCAAGAAAUCCAGCGCCUCCGAUUGGAGCAUGAGCAGGCCUCCCAGCCCACGCCAGAGAAAGCCCAGCAGAAUCCAACGUUGCUGGCAGAACUCCGGCUAUUGCGGCAAAGAAAGGAUGAACUAGAACAACGAAUGUCUGCUCUGCAAGAAAGCCGAAGGGAGCUGAUGGUACAGCUGGAAGGGCUCAUGAAACUGCUCAAGGAGGAGGAGCAAAAGCAGGCAGCCCAGGCAGCAAGUUCUCCACACACCUCCCCUACCCAUGGGGCUGGCCGGUCAAUGCCAAUGCCAGUCAGGUCAACAUCUGCCGGCUCCACCCCAACUCACUUACCCCAAGAUUCGCUUGCUGGCGUCGGUGGAGAUGUUCAGGAAGCAUUUGCACAAGGAACCCGGCGAAACCUUCGUAACGAUUUGCUAGUAGCAGCAGAUUCAAUUACCAACACAAUGUCAUCAUUGGUGAAGGAGCUUCAUUCAGGUGAGGAAGGAGGGGAAGAGGAAGAUGACAAAAUGCAGAACGGGAAGGACCGAGGUUAACCAGAAGGACCAAGCCUGCCCACAGAUUCAAGAAAAGAGGUGUGAGCUCCUGUUCUGAAGCCGUCUCCGCAUCCUUCAGCUGAGGCAUGUUCCAGUCGACACAUCCACCAUUGUGACACCGUGAAGAUCACAACCAGCAAGGAAGCAGCCUCCUUCUGACAGACUGAGUGGCUUUCCUGGGGGGGAGGGCAGGGGGGCAUUUCCUUAGGUUUGCAUGUCCUGUUUCCAUAGGUAUUCCAGUGCUAAUUGGACAGAACCUCCUUUCAGUCUCAAGGAGACGAAAUGUUCAGAGCACCUCCUGAAAAAUCCAAGCCCACCCUCCUGCAAAAGAGUCUCCAUUUCCUAACCAAGCAGCUUCAUCACCACUACAUCACAUCACAGGCACAUCCUCUUACAACCUUUAAUCCCUUGUGUCAUGUUGAAAAGCAAACUUGAGGCCAGCUGAGUUUCCUUCUGCGCAGCGGCCACUGAAUGCUGAGCAGGACCACUCUGUCUCUCUGUCUUGCUGAACGCUGGGCUACCUUGGGGCUUUGCAGGUGCAACGUUGCACAGUGCAGGGAAGGAGUUAGGGCAUGAGAGGCAAAAGCAGACCUCUGAUAAGGCAAGGCAGGGUGUGUCAGGUAGCAGAUCAGGAGGCUGGCCGAUCCUGGCUCCAAAGAGGCAAUCUUUUACGAUGUUCUCUUGCUCAGGCUUCAUUGAAAUAGACAGGAGUAGUUCAAAAACCAUGGCUAUUUCAGCAAAGAUUGCACAGGGCAGUUCCUGGUGGGUGUUGUUCCUUGGUGAGUAAUGGUAUGGGGAACAAGUCUGAUAGCGUAGGGAGAGAAGGGCUUGGCACUUGGGAGAAUUCUUCUUUAGUCACGGAGCAGGAGGGACACCCCCUGGCAGCCUCUUGGCUAGUGCGUUGACUCAUAAGCUGUUGUUUUUUUUUAAAGAGACUGCACCAGCCUAUUGUUCCUGGCCCUAGAAACAGUUGUCUCCUUGCUGCAGUGUGCUGGGAGAGCUGUACAAUCCAUUCCAGUCACGAGUGGGUUCCCUUUUUCUCAGUGGAGUUCUGGAAAGUAUUCUUAGUAGAGGAGCCAAUGACAUUAAUUUAUAGAGGGCACUGAAUGGAGGUAAACAAUAAACCCCUGAGCCAAGUUCUGCCUUCUUGCCUGCCUGGCUAAACCAGCUGGUCAGGAGAGGGAGGGGGCUUGCUAGUUCCAUGUCCCCCCUCUGGGUGUGUGUGUGAGAGAGAGAGAGAGCGAAAGUAAACAGCCGUGUUGGCAGGAGAUUUAGUCCAACCUAAAUAUUGUGAAUGGAUUGUCAGGCGAAUGGAAAAGUGAUGAUAACCUCGUUUCGGGAGGUUAGCCUGCAGCCUGCGCAGGAGCAGCAAGGAUGUCUUCCUGGUUCUACUUGCCCUCCGUUGGGUGUGGUAAGCUGGACUGGUAAUAUGGUGGGCGGGGGGGGGGGGAGUCUAUUCCAAGCAUGAGCUUUUGGCUGAAAGUACUGUGGCUCUAGACAAAGAUUUUCAGCUCACCGGAGACUCAAAGCUAGGAGGUUCUGCAUCUCUCCUCUGCAAGUGGCCCCUUUCCCUGCCCAGGCCAGGACAAUAAGAUGUGGCUGAUGAAAAAUGCACCCUCCCAAACCAACUUGCUAGCACAGCUUUGGGGCUUGUGAGCUCAGCAAAAUCUGCAUUCAUAAACAAGGUGAUGAGCUUUUCAUGGUGGCACAACAUUCCUACACUGGAGGCCCCUCUAGCACAGCAGCCGCAACGAAGCCUGGUGGCUUCAUGAGGUUCGUGAGACUUCUCUUUGUUUCCUCCCAGGGUUUUGGACUCCCGCCUCUCGAGGUUCCGUCCCCUAGCUCUUGUGGCUAACAGCCCUUAGUGGACAGGGACGAGCCCUCCCCUCCUUGGACUAGUCUUAAUUCUUUUCCAAAGCCACAUAUGCUAAUGCCAUCACAACCAUGUGAUGUCUUUUUUGGCAAGCUAGCCACGAUUGCCGAACAUUGCAAUGUGUUGGUAUGUUUGCAAGAUCCAUGUCCAUGCCCCAAAUGUCACCACCUUGGGGGUCCCCCACAUCAUGCUGAUUCCUCAUUUGGGAAAUAGGAAAGGGAAUCUGGGUAAAGAGCAGCUUUUAGUUCAGUCCUGCACACUGCUAGUGAAAAUAUGGAGAUAUACAUGAGGUUAAUUCCUGCUUUGUUUGCCAUUUAAGCAUGGCGUUUUCUGCUGAAAAUAUUCAUCAUUGAGGCCAAUUCUAUCCUGCUUGUGCCUUUAUUUUUCUAAAACCAGUCGUGAUUUUGUAGUUCUUACCAUUUAGAAGCCUCAAUUUCACUCCUUCCUACACCAGGAGCAGGCAAAGAGUGCUGCAGGCAGCACAUGUGUUAGAGCAGAAGUUCAGGGAGCUUCGAAGAGGGGGGUGGGUUGCAGCAACUUGAAGCAGGCGCAGGUUGCCUCAGUUGUUACUCUGGGUAUCCCAGGGCAAGUGUAAGAAUGGGCGAGAUUGCUUCCGCCACCCCUUCUGCGGGAGCCAAGAGGUCUGGGCUGAAUGGGAGUACCUCCCCUCGGCCUGCCAGUGGCCACUUCUCGAGUUCUGAACAUGAGCAUCUUGGAGUGCCAUCAGAAC